AUGGUCCACUACAUUCGCUUUCUUCGAACUCCGCAGACGCAGGCGGGCAAGAAGACUGUCGAUAUCGCUGCAGUCGUUGCAGUCACCACUGAUUUGGGCGAUGCUUACUACAGCCAAGAUGUUGAUCUUGCCGUGGAGGUCGUAGAAGCCAACCGCCCUCAUGGUAUUCUUCAUUCCGAAGUCGUGCACUGGCAGGCUUCUUCGAGGGCUCUUAAGUUCACUGUCAAUUGUCCUGGCAAGUAUGCUUCUCGGCCUGCCCGCCUUCAUGUCACCACCCAUGAGACGACUGCUGCGUCCACUUCUUCGGCUGUGCCUCGCAUUCUUGAUGUAUGGAGCGAUGCUUUCGUCUUAGCUGACAAGCAACGUGCCGAGCCCAUCGUGGAACGGCAAUUACUGCUUCCUAACAAACGCCUCCUUCGAAUGUGGGAGGAGACCGGUGACAGCAUCGCCCGUCAUGUCUGGGAUGCCGGCCUAGGCUUUUUGAUGUAUUUUUCACAAGCUCUCUUUUCUGUCCCUGUCGAGGGCAUGUCCCAAACCGCCGCUCUGUUGAAGACCAGUAAGGUAAGGCGACUGAAGGUGCUGGAACUUGGGGCUGGAUGUGGAACUGUUGGCAUUGCUCUUGCGCAGCUUGUCAAAUGUGACAUGCUCCUUACCGACCUUGAUGACUCUCAGGAGAUUUUGGCCAGCAACAUUCGCUGUGCAUCGCCAUUAGCAGGCUCGACUAUCCAGUCCCAAGUGUUAGACUGGUCUACAGGCGUUGAUGAUAGUACCAAUGCGAAUUACGAUCUUGUCUUGGUUUCGGACUGCAUUUACAAUCCAGACAGCAGUCUGCACCUGGUAGAGACUCUGAGACAGCUGGCCACUCGUACACCCGACGUACUGAUCCUAGUGGGAUUCAAACGACGACAUGAGGCAGACACGAUCUUUUUCGACCGGAUGCAACAGACCAGCUUUGUGAUAGUGGAACAAAUGAACAUACCACUGCCUCACACGGUCACCGAAUCUGACGCCGAUAUUCACACAAGCGAGUUCUAUACAUAUCGGCUACAGUCCGCUUGA